GGAGAACUCCGGAGGACGCCCGAACGGAGCAGCACCGCGGACAGCGCCCGGCCGCGCCGCGCCCAGAUCAGCCUGCGCAGCCCUCUCGCCGUGAGGUUCUCGCUCAGCGCUCUCUCAAACUAGCCGCUGCACCAUGGCAGAAUCCCACCUGCAGUCAUCUCUGAUCACAGCCUCACAGUUUUUUGAGAUCUGGCUUCAUUUCGACGCUGACGGAAGUGGUUACCUGGAAGGAAAGGAGCUGCAGAACUUGAUCCAGGAGCUUCUGCAAGCGCGAAAGAAGGCUGGAUUGGAGCUAUCACCUGAGAUGAAAACUUUUGUGGAUCAAUAUGGGCAAAGAGAUGAUGGUAAAAUAGGAAUUGUAGAGUUGGCUCAUGUCUUACCCACAGAAGAGAAUUUCCUGCUGCUCUUUCGAUGCCAGCAACUGAAGUCCUGUGAGGAAUUCAUGAAGACUUGGAGAAAGUAUGAUACUGACCACAGUGGCUUCAUAGAAACGGAGGAACUUAAGAACUUUCUAAAGGACCUACUAGAGAAAGCAAACAAGACCGUGGAUGAUACAAAACUAGCUGAGUACACGGACCUCAUGCUGAAACUAUUCGAUUCAAAUAAUGAUGGAAAGCUGGAACUGACAGAGAUGGCCAGGUUACUACCAGUGCAGGAAAAUUUCCUUCUUAAAUUUCAGGGAAUCAAAAUGUGUGGGAAAGAGUUCAAUAAGGCUUUUGAGUUAUAUGAUCAGGAUGGCAAUGGAUACAUAGAUGAAAAUGAACUGGAUGCUUUACUGAAAGAUCUGUGCGAGAAGAACAAACAGGAGUUGGAUGUUAACAAUAUUACUACAUACAAGAAGAACAUAAUGGCCUUGUCGGAUGGAGGGAAGCUGUACCGAACAGAUCUUGCUCUUAUUCUCUCUGCUGGGGACAACUAGAGUUGGUGGCCACAACCACUUGCUAAUGAUACAUUGUAUCUAAAACCAUAACUGUGCGCUAUAAAGGAGUAGGCUGUAUUUUCUUUUAUAUCUGUAAAUUCUACUGCAUAUAGAGAAUUAUUCAGGAUGUGUGGCGCAUUCUUUUCUGCUUGUUUCUAUACUGUUUGUAAUGUACAGUUUUUGUAAGCAUAUAAUUGAGAAGAAGAAAGUCCAUGCUUAGGCCAGGCAGUAAAAUCAAUUUUAAAAAAUGAAUCUAACAUGGUUUUGCUUUCAUAAAUACAGAUGAGCACUUGGAUUUCCCUAAACAUUCUACCAUCUCAAAAUUUCUAGUGUCAUAUGUCUAAAUGUACAUCUGCCAUUGAGUAAAAGAAUAACUCAUGACAACCCAAGUGUUGUUAUUUUCGGCAAUCAUAGAACUGUCCCACAAGCACCUCUGUGCUGUUACCAUCUAGUGGAAGGGAUGUGCUUCUGCUUCUGAAGCACCAAAUAUCAAUAGUUAACCUAUGGCUUUAUUAUAAAAUGAUCUCCCUAGAGAUUUAGUUUACUGAUCAGUGACUUGUCUACUGCUUAUAUAGAUACCACACUAUUGACUCAAGCUGGCUCGGUGGCAAGGGAAGGUAGUCAGAUGACACAUAAGUCUGUCUGAUUUUAUGCCUAUAUUUCCAAGAAGUCUAUUGCCAGAGAGUAUGACAUUAGUCCAUUUUCUAAAUUAUUUUCAUGUGUUCCAGAUGACAAUUAUUCUAGUAAACUGCUGUUUUAUGUCAUAUCCUGUGUGUACUCUCUGAUUAAAUUCAAUGUACUGAGUAUUCUGGUGUCUAGUUUGCAUACUUCCUGGAUUUUCUAUGUAGACUGUUCAUUUCCACCAAGGGUUUCUGCUGCCUCUGAAAAUAUUUUUUUUCUAGCUAUAACUACUCUAUUUUUAAAAUGUAAUUGAAUUUUAAUGUAAGAUUCACAGCAGCCUGAUUAUUGAAUGUUAUUUCACCAAAACUUGUGUAUUCUGUGGGUUCUAUGUUUCAUAUUGAGAUCAGCAUUCAAAAUAGUUCUGUUUCUAUCUGCAGAAUUCCAGAUGAGUUGAAGAUAGCAACAGAAGAGAAAUACUAAUAUAAUAAUUUAUCUUAUCUAGCAAAUGAUAUUCUAAAACCUUCACUGACCCACAUGUACCUAAAUUUCAUGUAUCCUUUAGCUAGUAUGACCUAUGCUGGUUAUUGGUGACAAAUUCUGGUUAAUUUCCUGGAUUCUUUAUUUUGAAACAAAAACCAAUGACAGAGUCUAUGAAAUUUAUAGUUAUCACCUAAUAGAAAUUUAGGUCAGGCUGAAUUAAGCGCUUUUUUCCAAUUCAUAAAAAUAAUAGCAACAAAACCAAGUAUAUAAACUUUUUCCCUCAAGAAUGAAUAUAAAAGGAAUCUGUUGCAAAACAAACAAACAAACAAACAAAUAACAACAGAAUGCACUAUAUUCCAGGAUGGGAAGGAGUGAUACACUGGUGGGCUUCAGAAUGUAUUUGGAAGCAGUGACUUUACACUGAAUUUAAUUACCAAGAAUAAAGAAAAUAACAUUACUCUCUCAUA